AUUUCCUUACAGACAGUUGAAUCAGAAUCAGCAUGUGCAAAUCUUGCUAAUUCAGACAGCACGGACAUAUUGCAACAGACUAUUGUAAAUGAGGUGCAGAACAUUUAUACUAGUGUAUCUGAAGAUGGAACCAGCUGCACAGAGCAGACGCUUCAAGCAAAUGCAGAAACACCAGUAGCAUGUGAGCUUUUAGCAGCUACUAAUGGAGAAGGUGUUUCUGGAAGUCCUUAUAAUUCUACCAGUUGUGUACUAAGCUCCAUUGAACAAAAGGCUCCACAACCAGAGAAAGGAGGGAGGAUACUGUUCAGUGCAGCAGAAAAUGUUGAAGGAUGUCACAUUGAAACUGAAAAUGCUGGUAGUUUAGAUAUCACGCCUAUAGCUUUACAACUCCAUGAAAAAGACACACUUCAAAUCAGACAAAAGAGAGAGGAUCUUCAGGAGACCAACUCUAAAGCAGAUGAAGGAGUGUUUGCUGGAGUAAGUGGAACAGAAGACACUGAAAAAAAUGAAGAAGAAAGAAACUCAAAGACCAAUGUGCUUUCCCAGUUUACUGAAACAGAAGUCAUCCAAACUAAAAGAAUAAGAUUACACCCUCAGGAGACAAGCCAAAAGGCAGCCUUGUAUUCCAGUAGCAGCAAAACCAGGUUUUCAUCUAGUUGUUCACAAUUCAGUCGAGCAGCAGAACAGCAAACAUCCCAGAAAUCAGGUGAAAAAAAGAUGAAAAAGAAAAAUGCAAAAGGAGAAACUCAGCUGCAUAUUGCUGCUCGGAAAGGAAAUUUGUCUUUGGUGAAAACCCUAAUAUCAUAUGGAAUUUGUGUUAAUGAACAGGACCACGCAGGUUGGACACCAAUUCAUGAAGCUUCCGCUGGGGGAUUUACUGAUGUGAUUUUAGAAUUACUGAAGGCUGGUGCUGAUGUUAACAGCAGAAGCCUGGAUGGUAUUUUGCCAAUACAUGAUGCUGUUUCUGGCAAUUAUUUGGAGGCAGUCAAGAUUCUACUACAGCAUGGAGCAAAUCCCUGUGAGAGGGAUGGUUCAGGGAAAAGUGCUUUGGAUGAAGCUUGUGAUGAUGAAAUGAAAGAACUGCUGAAGUCUUACAGUGCUAUGGACUCUCUACUUUCUUUUGAGACUAUUGAAGUUACAGAGAGGAGAUAUCCUUCUCGAUCCCGAAGUUCAAAACGUUUUUGCAACUACUGUGAAAAGGAUGGUGCAGCUUUGGAGCCACAAUAUGAGAAAUACAAUGCGGAGUUUGUUGCUGCCAUACAAGAUGCAGAAGAGAAGCAAAAAGAAUUGCUGGUACUUGAGUUGAGGACUUCCAAAGAUACAGAUAUAUAUAUCCAAAGGUUGUCUCAGAUUCAAGAUACUUUGAACGAAAUGCUUGCAAAACAGAAGACAGAAAGGGAUACCCUUGCUAAAAAAUACAGGGCUUCAGUGGAAUCUUUAAAAAAAGGAGCACUGAGGAAACAAUUAGUUAACCUUGCUUGUAGGCAAAAGAGUCUGUUGACUGUUACCCAAAACCAGGAAGAGUUAGUCCAGAAAAUACGAAAUUACAGAAAAACAAAGCGAGUGUUGCGUGCGUCAUGUUCAGAGAAGCAAAUCUCAAACUUGGUUUUUUUCCAUGGAAAUAAUAAAAGACCAACUGCUGAUGAAAUCAUGUGUCCUGAUGUAGUUAGAUCUAGUAUGGGGCUUGGUACCAGCAUGUCUAAUGAAAACAGAGUAGAAGCACAUCGCUCUUUAGAAAAUAGAUUUUCAUCUCAGGAAUGCAGCCAACAUCCAUACAUCUGCUUGGAUGAGAGAGGAGCAAAUCAAGUAGCAAUUGGAAGAAAAGAGGCUUCUGAUCAGGCUUUGGCAUACGAAAACAGGGUAAGAGAAUGCCUCUCCAACAACACGUCAAAGCUGACAAGUGUAGAAGUGGUGAUGUUGCCUUCAGAACCUACUGUUUCCAUUGAUAAAACAAAGUGCUCACAGCAAAAAGACAUUGACUGUGUAGGAACUGCAGUACAAGGAAGCAAGUCUUUAAAUCCCACUUCAGUGACUAACAUGUUAAAUAUUGUAGAACCCCAAAGCACUGUUGUCAAUAACAAUGUCUGUCAGCCAGGCAGUCAUUGCCAGCAGGUUCUUACAGAUGAGGAUCUACGCAGAUACGCAAAUAGGAAAGAACCUUUCCAGUGGCAGCAGCAGCAACAAGUAUUUUUAUCAACAUCUACAAAGAACUUCCCUAAUACUCUGCAGCAAAUGAUCUUUCGGAGUAGUGAGAACUCAUUUAAUGCCAACUCGGUGCUUACAAAUCUUACCUCAAAUACAGAUUAUCCAGUAAACCUCAGUGAGAAAUCUUCACAGAGCUAUAGUAGUCAGGAAUUUGAACAAAAACAAGUGAGGCGUGGAAGAAAAGCUAGGAAAAAUCUUCAGUGGGAAAAUCUCCUUGAAUUGGGAAGGAUUAAGCCAGGAGAAGAUGUUUUAGAAUUCAGACUGCAG